AUGGUAACCUUGUUGAUGCUGAAUCUGGUGGAGAUCAGUCCUUAUGUUCUACAAGCUGAAAUGAAAUUCGAUGAUAAAGGUAAUCGAUAUGUCAAAACUGACACAACAUUCUACGGACUGGAUAAGAAUCAUACACUGACAAUCAAGGUGGACGAUUGUGUAAUCACAUUGGAUUUCUCUCCUCCUAAGAAAUCUGAGAUCAAGGAAAAGAAGGGCACUCGAAAGGUUACAGUAACUAAAGGAUGUGACAAGAUAUUUAAGAAAUCUGAUGAACUGAAAAAGGCUAAGAAUUAA